UAAAGAUUGGUCAUCGUUCAUUAUUUGCUUUCCGUUGCAUAUCUCUUUCUCUCUAUCUCUCGGUGUUCUUUCUGCACUCACGUCGACACCACCUCACGCCCUCCCUCUACUCUUGAUGCGUGUUAUAUGAAGACAUUUACAGAUCAGAAUGGGGCUCCUGCUUGGGAUCUGCUUCUUCUUGCUUCUAGGCAGCACCUGGGCUGUGGAUCGGGGGAACUUCAAAACUUGUGAUCAGAGUGCCUUCUGCAAGCGCCAGAGAGCCAUGAAGCCUGGUCAGUCUCCAUACCGAGCUUUACUGGACACUCUGGAGCUCAGUGACUCCAGACUCACGUUACAACUCAUCAAUGACAAUAACAAGGUGCACUUGCUUUUGGAGCUCUAUAGGCUGCAGGGGAACAUCACUCGUGUAAAAAUAAAUGAGCUGAAACCCCUGAAGCCUCGAUUUGAGGUUCCAGAUGUGCUGGUAGGGGAGCCACCGACUGAGCCUCUCUCCGUGCUGUCUAAGGAUGAUAACGGUGUGGUUUUGUCUCUGGGAGCUGAGAGCCAGAGGUUGAUAGUUAGUGCUCGCCCCUUCAGGCUUGACAUCAUGGAGGGGCCUGAAUUGCUGCUAUCGCUUAACUCCCGUGGCCUGCUCGCUUUUGAGCACCUGAGGCUGCGGAAAGACACUCAAGCAGACCCUGAAAGUGCAGAAGUGAAAGAGAAUGUUGAAGGAGCUGAGGAGCAGGACAAUGAAGAAGAAAAGGUAAAGGCAGAAGAUGAAGGGAAAGACAAAGAAGACAAAGAAGAUGGCUUGUGGGAGGAGACUUUUAAGUCACACACAGACAGUAAACCCAAUGGGCCUACAUCGAUUAGUUUAGACUUCUCCUUGCCUGGAGUGGAGCAUGUAUAUGGCAUACCAGAGCAUGCGGACAACCUGAAACUCAAAACCACAGAUAAUGGAGACCCGUACAGGUUGUACAAUCUGGAUGUGUUUCAGUAUGAGCUUUAUAACCCCAUGGCCUUAUACGGAUCAGUGCCAGUCAUGUUGGCCCAUAAUGCUCAGAGGACCAUGGGCAUCUUCUGGUUAAAUGCUGCUGAGACCUGGGUGGACAUCAGUUCCAACACUGCUGGCAAAACUGUGUUUGGGAAGAUGCUUGACUUUGUUCAGGGCUCAAGUGAGAUUCCUCAGACUGACGUGCGUUGGAUCUCUGAGAGUGGCAUCAUCGAUGUCUUUAUCAUGUUAGGACCUAAUCCAUCUGAUGUCUUCACACAAUACGCCUCACUUACAGGCACCCAGGCCUUCCCUCCUUUGGCUGCUCUGGCCUACCACCAGUGUCGCUGGAAUUACAAUGACCAGGAUGAUGUGAAAGCAGUGGACCAGGGCUUUGAUGAGCAUGACAUCCCAUAUGACUUCAUCUGGCUGGACAUCGAGCACACUGAUGGCAAGCGCUACUUUACCUGGGACCCUCACAAGUUCCCACAGCCCAAAGACAUGCUGCAGAAGAUCAUGGACAAGAGACGGCAGAUGGUGGCCAUCGUAGAUCCUCAUAUUAAGGUGGACAGCAGCUACAAGGUCCAUAACGAGAUAACUGCCAAGAACUUCUACGUCAAAAACAAAGAUGGCAGAGACUACGAGGGAUGGUGCUGGCCAGGGAACUCUGGCUAUCCAGAUUUUACUAGAACAGACAUGAGAGACUGGUGGGCCAGUAUGUUUGCAUUUGAUCAGUAUGAGGGUUCAAUGAACAACCUGCACACAUGGAACGAUAUGAAUGAACCGUCCGUGUUCAACGGCCCAGAGGUCACCAUGUACAAAGACGCAGUACAUGGCAACUGGGAACACAGAGACCUCCACAACAUCUACGGCCUCUAUGUGCAUAUGGCCACAGCUGAAGGUCUGAUCCAGAGGUCAGGGGGAACAGAAAGGCCAUUUGUUCUCACCAGAGCCUUCUUUGCUGGAUCACAAAGAUAUGGUGCUGUGUGGACCGGAGAUAAUGCAGCCGAGUGGGAUCACCUGAAGAUCUCUAUCCCCAUGUGUCUGAGCUUGGGGCUCGUGGGCAUCUCAUUCUGUGGAGCUGAUGUUGGUGGCUUCUUUAAGACUCCUAGCUCUGAGCUGCUGGUGCGUUGGUACCAGACCGGUGCCUACCAGCCGUUUUUCCGUGCACACGCGCACCUGGACACUCCCAGGCGUGAGCCUUGGCUGUUUGGCCCUGAAAACACUGCUCUCAUCCGUGAUGCUAUCCGUCAGCGUUAUGCUCUUCUGCCCUACUGGUACCAGCAGUUCUACAAUGCGUAUAGGACCGGCCAGCCUGUCAUGAGGCCUCUGUGGGUUGAGUAUCCAAAAGAUGCAGCAACUUUCACCAUUGAUGACGAAUUUCUGAUUGGUCGUGAUCUGCUGGUCCACCCCGUCACAGAGGAGGGGGCACGAGGAGUCACAGCCUACCUGCCCGGAUCUGGGGAGGUUUGGUAUGAUGUCCACACAUUCCAGAAACACAGUGGUGCUCAGAACCUCUACAUUCCAGUCACCAUGAGCUCUAUCCCAGUGUUCCAGCGUGGCGGCUCAAUCAUUCCUAGAAAGGUCAGAGUUCGUAGGUCAUCAGUGUGCAUGGAGAAUGACCCCUACACAUUGUAUGUGGCCCUCAGUCCACAGAGAGUUGCUGAAGGUGAGCUGUACAUCGACGACAGCCACACCUUUGAUUUCCAAGCAAAGAAAGAAUAUGUUCACCGAAGCCUAUCAUUCUCCAACAAUGCCCUGACAUCCAAGAAUUUGUGUCUGGAUUGCAAGUUCAAUACUAAAUCUUGGAUUGAAAAGAUUGUCAUACUGGGAACCAAUAAGCCUAACAAGGUUACUCUUCAAAUGGAUGGCCGAAACACUGUUGUGGAGUUUGAGUUUGAAGCCGCCAUGUCGGUGUUAACCUUGCGCAAGCCAGGCAUGAAUGCUGCAGCUGACUGGACCAUCCUGCUGCAGUAACUCACUAGGAAGAACAGGAGCCUGGGGUUAUGGGUGCAGGAUCCAAACACUUAAUCCAUGCGACCAAGACUGGGUGGUUCACUGAGACUGUCCAAGAGAUGCAAGACUACUAAAAAAAAAAAUACAAUCAUUUUGUUUGUUACUAUUAACUCGUACACUGUGUUAACUCACACACACACACACAAUCGGGUAAAGGGGUGAAUUGUGAUUGAGUAGGAGGGUGUUUCAGGUUAGUUUGGUGGAUAAGUAUGAGUGAAAUUGUAGACGAUUCCUGUUUUAAAAUUUGGAAACCCAAUGUCCAUAAAUCAAGUAACUUUAAAAAAUAAAUAAAAAUAAAAAAGUUGUAGUAAAUAAUGGUCAGCCAGUUCUCUUUUGGCUGGAAUUGAAAGCAAUUGAGAUCAGGUUUGAUGCACUUGGCUAAUUCCAAUUUAUUUCAAUCCAGUUUAAAAUACAGCACUUGUGCUUAUUUUCAUUUAUUUUAUAGUAGACUGAUUGUUAAUAGUGGAUGGCACAAGCUAGACCUACAAACCUUGACUAUAUUUAGGGGAAUGAAACCACUGCCUUGGUGGAAGCAUUUUGGGUUUCUUUAAAGUUUUUGUUAGACUUGUUUUGUACAAUUUUGUUUUACAGAGCACUUGAAUACUUCUAAUGAUAUUUCAGAUAUUUUGAACAAAAAAAGAAAAAAAGCAUUGACCCUUGGUUUACAAAUAAUGCAACCAUGUUGACUAUAGUAUGAAGGUUACUGUUAUUGAGGAGAUGCUUAUAACAUCUUUUAUUAUGUCAAAUAAUGUUUAAUUUACACCUGUUUGUUUUGGAUUUAUUUUUCCUUGUACAUUCCUGCCAUGUUUGCCGAUAUGAAUACAUUAAACUAUCCCCUGGUUGUUCUAGUGAGGACCACACACAUUAUUUUUCCCUUCACAAAUAUGUAGUAUAAUUAAAACCUUUUAGGAAACCUCCAGAAAAUGUAGAAUAUUUUGUCUAGGUAAUUCUUCCAGGCUGUGAUUUAAUGAGGACUUGUUCAGGCAAGAUGGUAAUUAAACCAUUUUUGUUCCCAAA